AUGACCUCAUCUAACGAGUACUGCAAGCGCCAGAGGUGGGUCUGGCGACCAAGGGGCACCUCCUCCUCACAGCUCGCGUCAGCUGGGUAUCUCCGCCAAUGCAGGCAGAUUCCCAGCGCCGCGGAACGGCAGCAUUGCGCAGGCGUCCUAGGAGAAGGACUCGGAGAGCCUCCGCGCAGGCGUAAUUCAAGAGACCGAGGAAAUCCGAGGACAGGAGAUGGGGCGGGGCGAGCUCGGAGAGCGCCUGCGCACCGCGAGGAGCCGCAGUCUCGAGCGCCAAGGUGGUCUCUCGGUUGUCUUUGGCAAACCACUCCCGUGAGCCCAGCGUCGUUGGACUGCACCCAGGGCGGGGACGUCCGACGGGCACAGGGGAGAGCCACGAUGCCGAGCAAUAAAUCAGAGAAGCCGGAAAGCUGUGAUAAUGUGAAGGUGGUGGUUAGGUGCCGGCCCCUCAAUGAAAGAGAGAAAUCAAUGUGCUACAAACAGGCUGUCAGUGUGGAUGAGAUGAGGGGAACUAUCACUGUACAUAAGACUGAUUCUUCCAAUGAACCUCCGAAGACAUUUACCUUUGAUACUGUUUUUGGACCAGAGAGUAAGCAACUUGAUGUUUAUAACUUAACUGCAAGGCCUAUUAUUGAUUCUGUUCUUGAAGGCUACAAUGGUAAGUACUUUAUGUAGUUCACUUUUUUUAAA